UACGUGCCCAAAGGUAGCAUGCACUGCAGUCUCGGCUUACCUCGAGAAGAGAUGGCCAGGGACCUCAAGGAGCUCGUGCACGACAUCGUCGAGGCAAACUCGCAGGAUCUCUGGGAAUUGAGCCGGUUCAUCUGGGAGCAUCCGGAGCUCGCGCUUAACGAGGUGCAAUGCCACGACUGGCUCACGGACUUUCUGGAACGGCGUGGCUUCAACGUGAAGCGUCGUUACCUCCUGGACACUGCUUUUAGAGCGGAAUUCGACGCUCCUGGAGGGACAGAAGGGCCUUGCGUGACCUUGCUGUGUGAGUACGACGCACUGCCCGAUAUCGGCCACGCUUGCGGCCACAACCUGAUCGCCGAGGCCUCCGUGGGCGCGGCGCUGGCUGUGAGCGAGGCCAUGAAGAACCACCGGGACAUUCGCGGCAAACUCGUCGUACUGGGCACGCCGGCGGAGGAAACCAGCGGUGGUAAGGAGCUGCUGAUACGAAAGGGAGCCCUGGCGGGAGUCGACGCGGCGCUCAUGGCGCACCCCUGUCCAGAGGACAUCUUGAUGAUCGACUACGCUGCAACGCAGGAGCUGGUAGUGCGCUUCAAAGGCAAAGCAGCUCAUGCCGGUUCGACGCCGUGGCAAGGGCUGAGCGCUUUGGACGCUGCCGUCUCUGCGUACGUCAAUGUCAGCCUCCUCCGACAGCAGCUGAAGCCAACCGCCAGGAUUCACGGCAUCAUCACUGAAGGCGGCAAGUACCCGAACAUGAUCCCCGAGAGCACGGAUAUGUGCUUCAGCAUCCGGGCUCCGAGCACAGAGGAGCUGGUCGAACUCCGGCGGAAGGCGGAGGCCUGCUUCCGGGCAGCUGCUGACGCCACGGGUUGCACCCUGGACAUCGAGAGGCGGACGGCGUACAUGAACGUCGCGCACAACACCACCAUUGCGGAGACCUACCGGAAGCACGCCCACGCUUUCGGCGUAUCCUUCGUGGACGACGUUGUGAAGAAUUUGCCGCCAUCGGGAGGUGCCACGGACUGUGGCAACGUGUCGCACCGGGUUCCCGCCAUCCAUCCGCUGUUCGCCGUCCAAGCUGCCGAGGGAUCGGCGAACCACACGCAAGGUUUCGCCGCCGUAGCUAACGCCGCAGACUCUCAGGCGCCCACGCUGAGGGUGGCCAAGGUCCUGGCGUUGACGGCGCUCGAUCUGCUCACGGACGCCGAGUUACUGCGCGCAGCGAAGCGGGAGUUUUCCGCUCUGCAACUACCGUCGGAAGAGGAGCUGCAGUCCGCGCUUUCAUGAAAUGAAAGUUUUAGUGACGACGCAUAUGUUUUAGCGUAACAACGUUUGACGAAAACAACUGCAGUGCACGCAGCACUACUUAUGCUGGGAGGUUUAUGAAUAUACGUGCUUUCUUCUGAUGUUUCAGUCAAUAUUAUAGAAAUCCAUUUCUGGAGCUCCUAAAGGUUGAGCACAUGUGUGCCAUCAGUGUCAUCGGUGUCAUCCAUGAGUCCAUGCUUAUGAAGUUUAAUGCGUUGCUGGGAACAUUUUUGAAAACGUGGCAGUGAUUGAAGCUUUGAAAAAUGACUGUCGGGAAGAUGGUUUAGCUCUGUUCAGAAAGAGCCGCCCUCCAUGAGCUUGAACAUGGUGUUGGCAGAAUUUGCGGAGUUUAAGAAUCAACAACAACGCGAAUGACUACCCA